CCAUGCCAGUGCCCUAGGCCAAGCAGGCUGGUGUUCCUUGUGGCUCAGUCCCUGAUCACAGCUCUGCAGUAUGAGCUACACUGCUCACAUUUCAGGUUUUAAAAGCUUCUGUGAAAAGCUGUGUGCUAGCAUUGUUUGUAGAAGUUGUAGUGGAAGCAAAGUCAAGGAGGUUUCACACAAGCAACAGAAGAAACUUCUGCUGCUCAUUAAUGUUCUGGCUAAAUUAAUUUUGAGUGAUCAGUGCAGCACCAGUUUUAAUAUGUAGCUGCUUUAGAUGGCUGGAGAGUUAAAGGAAGCCUGGUAUGGGUGUCCAGCUGACACUGAGACUUACAUCUGAAAUCCAGUGGCAUUCUUCCAGAUUUAUGGAUAUCUUCUCAAUGCCCACUGUUCUGUUUCUCACUGGAGGUGCCUUCAGAACCCUGUAGGAACCUGUUGCAAGCUACUGCCUCUCCAACAGAGUCUCAGUUUUGAAUGGAGCUGCAUUUUAGUGCAAAGCUGACAAAAAGCAACACAUAAAUUUGCAGGUAAGAAUGCUCCUUUUGUGGUGCUGGGGGCUGUUUUGUUUUCUCUGAUCCUGCUUGGAAAUGCAGACUGGUUCUGUGUGAUGUACAGAAGAAGCCAUGACUGGGUUCCAAGGCUGGGUUUUGCACAAGCACUUGAGUAAUAAUUAUCUAUCAACUGUCCAUCGCAAUGAGUGAUGUCUCAUUUUCCUGUGAUUUACAUGAAAAAGCAUCCAGACAAGGUAUUGCUGCUGCACAGGGUUAAAUUCAGUUGUAAAACCAACCAGCCAUCCAACCAAUCAAAGAGGGAAAAAAAGGAGAAGGAGCACUGAAAGCACCUGAUAGAUAUAAUAAAAGAAUGAUAUUGCGAAAUUAGGACUGUUCCCAGGGUGAAAGGCUUGGGAGUCUGUAAGUCAGUAGAAAUGUAUUUAGGGUUAUUUUUAAGAGUCAUAGUGACUUAGAAUUGCACCAUGGGGACAAGUUUAUAACACAGCCCCUGAACAAAGUCCCCCCCAGUCUGUAGUUUUCUGAAUGAACACAAGGCUCUUCACUUUCCUGUGGCCCAAGCUGUGCUUGUGUCAGGUGUUAAACAUGCUCUUUGUGAUCCUAACUAAUUCUGGUCAUGGAGGCACCUGAUGAUCCACGUGUUUGUGUCUCUGCAGCAGACAGAGAAAAACCCUGCCUCCUUUCCACAGCUUUGGAGCAGUUGUGUGAGUCCCUUCUAAUGGAGAUUGACAGCACCUCUAAUGGAGUGCUGUAAUGGUCCUCUGGCAUUUGAAAUGUUUUCAGAAGAAUCAGUGUUACAAGCACUUUGAUCAGUUUUCAUGAAUUCUGAUCCUGCUGACAAUUUCUGGAUCAUCCCCAUGGACAUCCAGCCUAUGUUGUGUAGCAGGGAUGAUUGUUUUCUCUAAAUGCAGAGUCAGACCCAAAGCCUAUGUGUAGUCACAACCAGAUCCAGGGGUAUUACUAACACCUGCUCUGACCCUUUUGGCCUACACCCACACAAUUUUGAUGGCUUUUACAAAUUUUACUGGACUCCAGCUGCUUGAGGCCACUGACAAAAAGCAAUGGUCAUCUCACCAGAAGAAGAAGCAGCUAUGUUGGGAGAGGGCACUUCUCAUACUGAGGCUGCUAUCAACUCCUUACUAAUCCUUGGGAAGGUGAUCUGGGGGGAAGGGGGUGCCUGUGCAGAAGGCAAGGUGAAAAGGAGGUUCCCUGGAGGUUUGGCAGUGGUGGGAAGCACUGCCUGACAGGAACUGAUGCAGGGCAAGGUGGAUGGAUUCACAAGAUGUGGAGGUGUGAGGCUGGGGAGUAACCAAGGGCAAAUCAAACUCUGAGCAUGAAAACACCUGCACCCAGGGGUGCAGAGAGCCUCUCAGGUCAACACCCUGCACUUUCAGGGGGGAUUUUUUUUGACUGAUAACUGAUUCAGUGCUUGAAACGGCUGCCCAAGAACACUGUAGGGGUUAAGAAAAUUUGCUUGUCUGGUCACACGAUACUUUCACCUUUGUUAAUGGAACUGUUAGAGUGGCAUGUCAGUGCCCUGGAUGUGAAACCUUGAUUUGGACACAUCCCAUGUGUUGAUAACAGGUAUUGCUCUGCAGCUGUGCAUGGCCAGAGUAUGCAUUGGUAUGUUUGCAAUUGAUCCUCAGCGUGAAGGAUCGCAGACAUUGCAUCUUAAAAUUGAUUUUCUUCUAUGGAAAGCUGUUUGAAGCAAAAACCAAUUUGGUUUGUAUAAACUGCAUUAGAGAUAAGAAGAUAUUCCUCAGAGUGCAGGAGAUCACCUUUGAAGAUGUUUUCACCCUACUGCGAGUAACAAGUCGCACAAUAAAAAUAAUUUCUUACAGCUGAUCUGAUCUCUACCCAUCCGUGAGUUAGCUCUGAAAUGAGAUAAACCUAUCUCCUCUAAUUCAGGACAGGUGUAUCAUAUUUCCCUAUCAUAUUACAGAGACUAGGGAGGCCUGGUGGUGUUAACACUGAGCAUAUAACCAGGGCAAGUGUGGCAGCUUUAUCUACUUUGAUGGACUGGCCUUGUAAAUAAGAUACUAAGCUGCUUCCAUUGAUCUAAAACCCAUCUAUCUGGAAGCUGGUCUGUAAGGUUCUGCCUGUGCUGCUACCUAGUUUCCACAGACACUUAGGAUAGGAAAUAAUCCCAAGGCUCAUUACUACAUAUAAAUCCCUCAGCCUUCUGGGUUUCCUUCUCUGGAGCCACUGCGAAAAUGGACACAUCAAUACAGCCUUCUGCAGAAAAGCUGACAAUCUCAAAAUGGGCUCAUGCUGCAAAAACUGAAAUCUCCUGCCAGGAAAGGGGCACGAUGCUCGCCCCCAGCUCCGCUCCGAUCCCAGAGCAGGACUGGCAAACCACAGGAGCAACGGGAAGCCUCCAGAACCUGAAGAAAUUUAACAGCCAGGACUUCAAAGAGCUGCGAGCCCUGUGCCUGAGCCAAGGGCUGCUCUUUGAGGAUGCCACCUUCCCCGCUCACAGCAGCUCCAUCGGUCCCAGCCUGCUCCCGGAGGAGAAGCUCUGGCAAAUACAAUGGAAGAGGCCAACGGAACUUCAAAGAAAUCCUCAUUUGAUCAUGGACGGAAUUAGCAGAUUUGAUAUCAUGCAAGGAGAAAUAGGUGACUGCUGGAUGCUGGCUGCUCUGGGCUCCCUGACACUGAGAAAACAAUUUUUGGAAAAUGUUUUACCAAAGGACCAAGGAUUCCAGGAUGAUUAUGCUGGGAUUUUUCAUUUCCGGUUCUGGCAAUAUGGAGAAUGGGUGGAUGUAGUGAUAGAUGACCGGCUGCCAUUCCUAAAUGGAAGAUACCUGUCUGUACAUCCCCGAACUUCAAAUGAAUUCUGGCCAUCCUUGCUGGAAAAAGCAUAUGCCAAGCUGCGGGGCUCCUACCAGAACCUGAAUGGAGGCUACCUUUCAGAUGCUUUAGUAGACCUCACAGGUGGAGUCCAAGUGCAGUUUUCAUUGAAGGAUCCACCUCCUGAUCUGGAGGAGAUCCUGAAAGCAGCUGACAAAUCCCGGUGCCUCAUGGGGUGCAGCACCUCAGGCCAGUCAAGGAGAAACAUAGAGCUGAGGAAUGGGAUUGUACAGGGUCAUGCCUACACUGUCACAGGAGCUGUGAAGAUCCCCUACAAGAAUGGCUGGAAACAUAUCAUCAGGAUCUGGAAUCCGUGGGGCCAUGGGGAGUGGAAGGGGCCCUGGAGUGAUGACUCUCCUCAAUGGGACCGUGUUGAGCCUAAAUACAGAGAAGCCCUACUCAGAAAUAAGGAUGAUGGAGAAUUCUGGAUGUCCUGUGAGAACUUCCAGGAGGAGUUUUCAUGGCUGUAUAUAUGUAACAACACCCCAACAUUUCUGGACUUUGGAGAUGAGCACUACACAACGUGGUCUCUGAACAGCUACACCAGCCUGUGGAGCCCAGGCCUUCCCACGAGGAGGAACCGCUAUUCCCAGGCAGGUGCAGCUUCAACAAACCCUCAGUAUUUUUUCAGAGUUCUAGAUCACAACCCAAAAACCUAUAAUGUAGCGAUUUCACUCAUGCAAAAACACGCUGAGCAUGUGCAGGAUGAAAAAAACCUGAAGAUUGGCUUCUUCAUCACCACGGAGAACUCCAGAGUUCUGAAGCAAAUCUUUAUCCGGAGCCGAGAUGUGAGCAGCUACUUCAUCUUGAGCCCGGGAACCUACGCUGUUGUUCCUGCUGCAACAGCGGACCAGGAAUUCCAAUUUCUCUUACGAAUUUUCAUAAAGAGCCAAGACUACAAUGAGAACUCAAACUCCCCAUCAGGCCCAGUGCUGCCAAUGGAUGUAUCAAGACAGAACCAGGACAGCUCCUAUAAGGCUCUUUUCCUAAGAUAUGCUAAGCAGGGCUCAACUAUUGAUGCCUUGCAGCUGCAACAACUGCUUAAUGAAGUGAUCUUGCAAGAUGAAAUGACCAGCCUGGGAGGGAGAUUCAGCUUUGAUUCAUGCAGAGGCAUUUUAGCUCUGAUGGAUCUCAACUCGAAUGGAAGACUCACCCUGCAGGAGUUCGGGAGCCUCUGGCGAAGUCUCACUAAGUACAUGGAUAUCUUCAGCAAGGAAGACAGAAACCGUUCUGGAUUUCUUGAUGUUGCUGAACUGAAGAAUGCGAUACAGGCAGCAGGUCUGGCCACCAGCGGGCAGCUGCUGCGCCUGAUGACGCUGCGCUACGGCGAUGCCGCCGGCAGAGUUGGCUUCUCCGACUUCGUGUGCUGCAUGCUGCGCCUGGACACCAUGAGCCAUGCAUUCCAAAACUUAGCAGAGGGUGCAUCACAAAUUUCGAUGACAGCAAUGGAGUGGCUGACCCUUGUCAUGUACACCUAGAGAGAUGCCAGAAGUCAUGGUGACUUUUCGUCCUCCUCAGUAGAACAGUGCCCAGGCCACCCCAUACAAAAGCCAUGGAUGGAGUUCUUGAAAAACCACUGUGAAGGAGUGAAGCCAGGUGUGUCCUUAUGCUUGGUGGUACUCAGAUGUUGGGAUGAGAAGUCCUUUCCAGGCAAACUGGAGGUGCCUUGGAGAGAGAAGAAUUGCUAAUGAAAGCACUCCAUGGGCAAGCUGGUAGUACUUAAUGGUCUGGGCAAGCUGGAAGUGUUGCCUGUAAUCUCCUCUCAUCUUACUAUAAGUACUACAGAAGUUAGGAACGGUUCCAUUAACUCCACUGCGAAAAAGAACAGACCCAUACCUUUUGUGUGAAAGGCAUGUAUAAGAUAUAGGUUACAAAAACAAUCAAGACACAGUUUUAUUUGAGUUAUUUCUUAAUUUUCUUGUGCGCCGUUUGUAAGUGCCAGAAAACGAUUGAAGAAAUUAGUCAUAAUUCAUAAAUAACACCAGAAGCUUUCUGAUUUU